UGGAAAUAUCUUGGGUGAAGUACUCCCUGUAUUUCCUAAACUGGGCCCACAACGAUUUAGUUUCUUGGUUCUGUUUGCAAGGACUGUGGACUGGUCAAUCCAGCCCUGCACCUGGGCUGGGGUUUGGGUUGGGAUCUGACAAAGACCGUGGCUGGGCAGGGUCCAUGGUGCUGAUUGAACUGUCCCCUGUUUGGGGAGCAAGAAGACUAGCAGAAAGGUCCGUACAAAGAUGGAGGGUAAAUAUGAUUGGCAAAAAGCCAAUAUUAAGAAGCAUGGCCCCAGGUUCACAACCUGGAAAAAAUCACCAGCAGCAAAGAGUGUCCAAAAAACUGGAGCUGCUGCUGGUUUGGAAAGUAGAAAGAUGGAUACUAGAAGUGGUAGACGAAAAGCCAAUAUUAAGAUGCGGGCCCCUACAACCUGGAAAAAACCAAGGCCAAAAGAAGAUACCAAAGAAGUUGAAGCAAGUCCUGGUUUGGGGGAUCUCAGAGAGAUCCCCAAGAAGACAGAUAUUAGAAGUGGCAGACAAAAAGCCCAUAUUAAGUCACGGGGCACCAGAACCCGGAAAAAACCAAAGGCAAAAGCCAUUGCCAAAGAAAAGGAAAUUCCUCUUGUUUUGGAGGAUAUUACAGAGGUUCCCAAAAAGAUGGAGGGCAAAGAAGAAUGGCAGAAAGCCACUAUUAAGGUGCAUCUGCUCAGGACCGCAAACUGGAGAAGAAAGUCAACAGACAGUGGACAAGAAACUGAAACUUUUUCUGAUGUGGAGACUGGUGAUGAGAUCACUGAACCGGAGGGCAGAAAAGGAUGGCGAAGAGCCAGUCUUAAGCUACAUGCCGCAAUGUCCAAAACCUGGAAAAAAACAAAGUCACCAGACAGUGCCCAUGAAACUGAAUCUGCUUCUGAUUUGGAGACUGACAGUGAGGUCCCAGAAAAGAAGAAGCACAAAAAAAGAUGGGGAAGAGCCGAUGUCAAGAUUCGGGCCAUUAGGGCUGCAAAACUUGGAGCCAAGCCAUCUAUAUUAGAGGGAGUUGAUGACAAGAAGUCAAAGUUUGUUUUAGUAAACCUUGAACACUACGCAAUCCAUCCAAAUUUGAUCCAGUAUUGUGAACCUCUCAAGGUCACAGAACAGCAAAAGUUACUUGCUAGUAGACAAAAAAUUAAAAGAUUCAUGUUCCAAGUGACAAACUUUGAUGAGAAUAAGACUUUACUGAUUAUGACCAACAACCCACCUCCUGGCCCAGUCAAUUGGCAAGAAAAGGACAGCCCACCCAGCUACUUUUCCCAGACGAUGCUCGCCAAGGAGCAACAGAAAGCCAUCAACCGUGCUGGUCUCCCCCUGAUGAAGAAGAAGAAGAAAUUAAAACACGAAUCCAGGACUCCGUUUCCGGUAGUAGUAUUGGAGGAUGCCAAGCCUAAGAGGGAGCAGUGGUACAGGUUUUCCACCAAGGCUGAUUUCAAGGGUGAAGCCAAAUUUUCAAAGCUCCAUGCCCUAAGGAAACAACAGGAAACAUAUCCUAACCUUUCCUUUGUUCCAGACUGCAGGUCAGUUGCAGCUGCAAGGGCGCAGGCGGCCAGACGGAAGGUCUCCAUCGUAACCUGGGAGCCACUGACCCUCGCUACACUCCUGGAAGAGAAGCCCACCCUGACCGUGCCCUUGCCCGGAAAGAGUCCUUUCCGCUAUGGGAGGGCCCCGCAGUGGUUCACCAACGCGCCCACGGUUUCUAACUGAGCCACGCGCAAAGCCCCCAAAGAACAGCCACUGCCACGGUUCUUCAGAGAGUGGCCGGUGUCACCUGGGCCUCCUCGCGCCUGGUAGAGCCAGCCCCCCGCCGGGGAAGGAUGCAGCCAAAGGAACUGGUGUCUCUGUCACAUAGCAAUUCUGCCGGGCCAUGUCCCCUGCU